GGGAGGGCCGGCCUUUCCCACAAUGCUUUGUGGGACGUUGACAAGUGGAUCCAAGAUGGCGUAGAAAGUAAUGACAGGAGUUCUGUCCCUGAGUCAUGGCAGACAGAAGACCAGAGAAGUCAUGUGAACAAGCAUGUGAAUCCCUUAAGCAGCAGGAUUAUGAAGUGGCAGUGAAGCAUUGCACAGAGGCUCUCCUUGCCCUCAGCCAGUUCCCCCCAGCUCACCUCCCGGAGCCCUGCCAGGCACAAAUCGACCGCAUCAAAAUCGAGACUCUGCUGUAUAGAAUUGCUUCCUUUUUACAACUUAAAAAGUAUGGGCAAGCAGAUGAAGACUGUAGGCAUGUGCUGGGAGAGGGGCUGGCCAAGGGCGAUGGACCUUUCCGUGCAGUGCUCUGCUGCAUGCACCUCAAAGGGAAGCUGCAAAUUGUGUCUAAUGUUCUUUCCAAAUCACUGAUGGGGGAAUCACUGAACGGGAUGGUAACUAAAGAUCUGACACGACUGAAAACACUUCUUGCUGAAACAGAGGCAGCUGGUAAAGUCCCAUCAGGAUAUCAUGUAGAAGAUUUAGAAGAAGGGUCCCGGGAUGGUUGGCAGUUCCGCCCUCCUCCCCGGGGCGUCACCAGCAGUGAGGAAUAUACCCUGUGUAAAAGAUUUUUAGAGCAAGGGAUCUGCAGGUAUGGUGCCCAGUGUACUUCAGCACAUUCCCAGGAAGAGCUGACGGAGUGGCAGAAGCGCUACGCCUCCCGCUUGAUCAGGUUAAAGCAGCAGAAGGAAAACAAACAGUGCUCGGGCAGUUACAUGGAAACCUUGAUUGAGAAAUGGAUGAAUUCGUUAUCUCCCGAGAAAGUGCUUAGUGAAUGUGUAGAAGGAGUGAGAGUAGAGCAUAACCCCGAGCUGUCGGUAACUGUCACCACCAAAAAGUCUCAUCAGACAUGGACAUUUGCUCUCACAUGUAAGCCUGCAAGAAUGCUCUAUCGAGUGGCCUUGCUUUAUGAUGCCCAUCGGCCACACUUCAGUAUCGUUGCAAUAUCUGCUGGAGACAGCACGACCCAGGUGUCACAAGAAGUUCCAGAAAACUGUCAGGAAUGGAUAGGAGGAAAGAUGGUCCAGAAUGGAAUAGAUCAUUACAUAUACAAAGUCAGUAUAGCCUUCAACACAGAAAUCUUUGGGACUUUUCGCCAAACUGUGGUGUUUGACUUCGGGUUAGAACCGGUCCUCAUGCAACGAGUGAUGAUUGAUGCUGCUUCAACUGAAGAUCUUGAAUACCUGAUGCACGCACGGCAACAGCUCCUCACCACAGCCAAGCGUUGGGAUUCCACGUCCAAGACUAUUGUAGAGUUUGAGCCCAAUGAAACUACUGAAUUGGAGAAGAGCCUUCUGACCAGAUACCAAAUCCCUCUGUCUGCUGACCAGCUCUUUACACAAUCUGUCCUGGACAAAUCACUGACCAAGACCAACUAUCAGUCACGGCUGCACGACCUCCUUUAUAUUGAGGAGAUAGCACAGUAUAAGGAAGUCAGCAAGUUCAACAUAAAAGUGCAAUUGCAGAUUGUAGCAAGCUUCAUGCUCACUGGUGUUUCUGGAGGUGCAAAAUAUGCCCAAAAUGGACAACUUUUUGGGCGCUUUAAGCUCACGGAAACGCUCUCGGAAGACACUUUGGCGGGACGGCUGGUGAUGACCAAAGUCAAUGCUGUUUAUUUAUUGCCUGUCACUAAAGAGAAGUCAGCCCAGACCCAAGGAACCAAAGAGAAGGUUUAUGAAGCAGCUAUCGAGGAGAAGACAAAGGAUUAUAUCUUCUUGAGGGUAUCCAGGGAAUGCUGCGAGGAGCUGAACCUUCGGGCGGAUUGUGAGAUGCAGGUUGAACUCCAGUUCCAGCUGAACCGCUUACCCCUCUGUGAAAUGCAUUAUGCCUUGGACAGGAUUAAGGACAACAGCAUUUUGUUUCCAGAUGUCAGCAUGACUCCCACCAUCCCCUGGAGUCCCAACAGACAAUGGGAUGAGCAGUUGGACCCUCGGCUCAACGCGAAGCAGAAAGAGGCUGUUCUGGCGAUCACGACCCCCCUGUCCAUACAACUGCCUCCUGUUCUUAUCAUCGGUCCCUAUGGGACAGGAAAAACCUUCACUCUGGCUCAGGCAGUCAAGCACAUACUCCAACAGCAGGAUACCAGCAGGAUUCUCAUUUGCACCCAUUCUAAUAGUGCUGCUGAUCUCUACAUAAAGGAUUAUUUACAUCCAUAUGUAGAAGCAGGCAAUCCCCAGGCAAGACCUCUCAGGGUAUAUUUCAGAAAUCGCUGGGUAAAGACUGUUCACCCAGUUGUGCAUCAGUACUGUUUGAUUUCAAGCACACAUUCCACCUUUCAGAUGCCACAGAAAGAAGACAUUCUAAAGCAAAGAGUAGUGGUUGUUACGUUAAAUACAUCACAGUAUCUGUGUCAACUGGAUCUCGAACCAGGGUUUUUUACACACAUUCUGUUAGAUGAAGCUGCUCAAGCUAUGGAGUGUGAAACUAUUAUGCCUCUGGCAUUAGCUAAUAAAAACACAAGGAUUGUCUUGGCUGGAGACCAUAUGCAGCUCAGUCCUUUUGUCUACAGUGAAUUUGCCAGGGAAAGGAACCUUCAUGUCUCCUUGCUGGACCGGCUCUACGAGCACUACCCCGCGGAAUUCCCGUGCCGGAUCCUGCUGUGUGAGAACUAUCGCUCCCAUGAAGCAAUCAUCAAUUACACAUCUGAACUUUUCUAUGAAGGCAAAUUGAUGGCAAGUGGAAAACAGCCAGCACACAAAGACUUCUACCCUCUGACUUUCUUCACAGCACGUGGAGAGGAUGUGCAAGAGAAAAAUAGUACAGCUUUUUACAACAAUGCAGAGGUGUUUGAAGUAGUGGAGCGUGUUGAAGAAUUAAGAAGGAAGUGGCCUGUUGCCUGGGGCAAGUUGGACGACGGCAGCAUCGGGGUGGUGACGCCUUACGCCGAUCAAGUGUUCAGGAUUCGGGCUGAACUGAGGAAAAAAAGGCUCUCAGAUGUCAGUGUGGAGAGAGUGCUCAAUGUUCAGGGAAAACAGUUCAGAGUUUUGUUUCUCAGCACAGUACGAACACGGCACACGUGCAAACAUAAGCAAACCCCAAUUAAAAGGAAAGAGCAGUUACUGGAGGAUUCAACAGAAGACUUGGAUUAUGGUUUUCUGUCCAAUUACAAACUUCUCAACACUGCCAUUACAAGAGCACAAUCCUUGGUAGCUGUGGUGGGAGACCCUAUUGCUUUGUGUUCCAUUGGAAGAUGCAGGAAAUUCUGGGAAAGGUUCAUUGCCCUGUGCCAUGAGAAUGAAAGUCUUCAUGGGAUCACGUUUGAGCAGAUCAAAGCUCAGUUGGAGGCUUUGGAGUUGAAGAAAACCUACGUGUUGAACCCUCUGGCUCCCGAGUUCAUCCCCCGAGCUCUGCGGCAUCAGCACUCGGCCAAUCCCACCAAGCAGCAGCAGUCCCCUCCAAAGGGCAAGGUCCACCAUCACAACCAGAAUGACCAUUUCCCACCUGAUGGAAUGGUUCAGCCCAAUCCUUCUGUUCUCAUUGGAAAUCCUAUCCGAGCAUUUACUCCUCCCCCUCCUCCUCUGGGACCUCACCCCAACCUGGGGAAAUCUCCAAGUCCUGUUCAAAGGAUAGAUCCACACACUGGGACAAGUAUUCUCUAUGUACCUGCUGUCUAUGGAGGAAAUAUGGUCAUGUCUGUGCCUUUGCCUGUACCAUGGACGGGGUAUCAGGGUAGGUUUGCAGUCGACCCUCGACUCAUUACUCAUCAAGCAGCUAUGGCAUAUAAUAUGAACCUGUUACAGGCACAUGGGCGUGGGUCUCCUAUCCCUUAUGGCCUGGGGCAUCACUCUCCAGUUAACAUGGGCCAGCAGCAGCUCCAGCAUCAGGAAAAGGAGCAGCACGAACAAAAUCGAAAUGGUAAAAGUGAAAAUGCUGCUGGACCUGAAAUCAGUAAAAUUCGAACACCUGAGAAGAAACCUCUGGAAUCCAAGCAGGUUGAUUUAGAAGCCAGUUCUCAGCAGAGGAGCCCCGAGUCCCGUUCCGGUGUUGGUUUUCCCAACGCUAAAUUCCACCGCAAAGAGAAUCCCAACCCCAGGCAGCUGAACCUCCACCUCACCCCGCCCCACUCCCAGUUUGCAGUUCCCAACCGCCACUUCCAGCACCUCUCCCAGCUCCCCAGGCAGCCGUAUCCUCUGCAGCAGCAGCAGCAGCAAAACCUUUUAAGUCAGCAGCAAAAUCACUUGCCUGACCAAGCAAACCAAAUGCCACCCCAGCAGAGCCAGGUAGUUCAGCAGCAUAACCAUUUGAAUCAGCAGCCUCCACAACCUUCACAGCUUUCCCCUGCUUACCAGGCAGGCCCCAGCCAGUCUUUUUUUAAUAAUCCAAUUCCCCACCGACCACAUUCUCCUGCUGUAGAUGCUGUGAUUUCAGAACAACACCCCCCACCUCUGUUACAAGAAGUCAAUAAUCCUUUGAGGCCUCUUGCACAGCACAACCCCGUUCUGCCAACCCACUUGAACAACUUCAUUGAAGAGAAUCCAUCAGGAAUGCCCUUAGGGGACACUUUAGAUCGUAUGCAUGGAAAUGUAGCUUUGGAAACAAUAAGGCAGCAACAACAAGCCAGGUUACAGCAAUGGAAUGAACAUAAUGCCUAUCUCAGUCAAGGCACUAUUCCAUAUCAACACCAUCACCAUCCUCAUCUACCACAUCUUCCUCAGCAACCAAUUGGAUUACAUCAACAGCAGCAAGUUAGGGCAAACUGGAAACUUGCCAGUAAUACAGAAGAUGAAACAGAGGCAACAUAUUCAAGAUUCCAGGAUUUGCUCCGAGAACUGUCCCACCGUGAUCCAGGUGAAAGUCGGGACUUGGCCGAGAUGCCCCCCCCUCAGUCGAGACUGUUGCAAUACAGACAAGUGCAGCCCCGGAGCCCACCAGCACUCCCUUCUCCUUCCUGCAACUCCAACCACAGUGCUCACUUCCCCACCUUCACUGAAAACAACAGAGACAUUGAACUGCCCAGUAACCCAGCAUUUCAGCAGCAUUUACCCCAAAUAUACAACCCCCCUUUCUCAAUGCCAUCCGAACAUAUAACCCCAUCUCCCUUGAAAUACCUGCAACCUGAUGGAUCCUGGACUUAUGCUAACCUACAGCAGAACCACCUUAUGGGGCAGGGCUUUCACUAUGGGAUACCUCCACUGCCCCACAGGUCGCAGCAAAACCCUUUUAUACAAAUCCAGAACCAUCAGCACGCGGUCGGUCAGGAGCCAUUUCACCCCCUCGCGUCUCGAGCAGUAUCUGCCUCUUCGCUCCACAGCUUAGAAGAGUAUGAACCAAGAGGACCAGGCAGGCCGUUGUACCAAAGAAGAAUCUCCUCUAGUUCAGUCCAGGCUUGUUCUGAAGAAUUAAACACUCCUCAAGACAGUCUUGGUCAGUGUAAAGAGCUUCAGGACCACAGUAACCAGUCAUCGUUCAACUACUCCUCACCUGAGUUGUGGGUGAACUCCUCCUCCUCUGCCCCGUACCCAAACAUUCCAUGCAACGGAGCCAGCAGAGCAGUUCCACCCCGGGAGUUGUUAGCUCCACCCAAGACAGCGAAGCCCCCCGAGGAACACCUGAAGGCCGAGAACAUCCAGCUCUCCAACUCCUUCAACUACAACGUGCUCCAGCAUCUGGGCCAGUUCCCACCUCUCAUGCCCAACAAGCAGCUGGUGGAGUCCAACAGCAGCAGCCCCCAGCCCGCCGGGAGCAAGCCCGUCAUGUCCUACGCGAGCGCCCUGCGGGCCCCCCCGAAGCCCAAACCCCCUCCUGAGCAGACAAAAAAGAACAGCGACCCUUUGUCCUUGUUUCAGGAACUUAGCCUAGGUAGUUCAUCAGGUAGCAAUGGCUUUUACUCCUAUUUUAAAUAAUCAGAUUAUUUUUUUUAGAGAGAAUUUAAUUUUUAUUUGUGUCCGUAGAUCUAAGGUAGUUGGGGCUUCACCUGUAGUUGCAAAUAUUCCCUUUGUUUAUAUUAGUAAAUAUAUCCUCACUUAAUUGCUUUGCUGCUAGACUUGCAACUAAUUUUUUUUUUUUUAAUUAUAUUCCAUUAUUUUGCAUUUUUUGAUGUGGGUCGGGUUUUUGGAAGCUUUUCUGUAGGAAAACACACACGUGUUAUUUUUUAAUUUGUGUAAUGUUAAUGAUAUGUUGCAUUAAACUAGCAGCUGAGAGAUUACCUGUACAACUUGAAAAAAAGGAAAAAAAAAAAGGAAAAACUAAAAAAGACAAAA